AUGUAAUUAGAGUAAAGAGUAUCUAAAAUUGAGAAAUUAACCGAGCAAUUAUUAGGAAGAAUCUGCGAACUUGAAGAUUAAUAAGGAGAUUUGUAAGAUCAAAUAAAAAAAUUAAAAACAAAGAACUAAUAAUUAGAAUAGGAAAUAGCAGGAUUAAAAAAUAAAACUGAAGAAAUUUAAGAAUCAUGGCUUUUCUAUUGUGAUAAAAAAAGACCAUUACAUACUAUAAAAUCAACAUUGUAGAUUGAGUCUGAUAUAGUGAGGGAGUUCGAUUAUUAGAGUUGGGUUACGGAAGACAUUAUGUGGAGACAAAUAAUAAAGAAUAUUUCAAAAGAGUAGCCAAAGGAUCUAGAGAAACUAAAUGGAGCUUAAUUGAAAUAAUUGGGAGUAUAGAAAUUGAAAGAAAAUAUUGAUAAUGAGGUGUUGUUUGUGUUACGAAAUGUAAAUAAAGAAAAUGAAAAAAUGAAUGAAUUGAUUGAGUUGUGUGCUAUAUUUACUUAAUUGUGGUACGAGAUAGAAUUGGGAGGGGAACAAUGUUAAGGCAGAUUGAUUUUGGUUAUAGAAAGUGAUGUGAAUCUGGAUAAAUUAGAAUUGACUAGACAAGAUAAUUCUAAAGUGAUUUUGCAAAUAGAAAAAUUAUAAAAUUGA